AUGUUGGCUGUCGAUUCCAAGAACCAAAUCACUCGUACUUACGAGAAUGCCCUCAGUCUCCUGGAAACGCGCAGACGUCGCGCCCGACCCAGGACCAAUCCUGUACAGACAGAGCAAAUUCCAGCAAAUGUCACUCCAACCGUGCGAGGUAUUCCAUGUCUGUAUGGAAUGAGCGAGUGGCUACAGACUCUCGGGCAUUCGGACACAGAUAUAUCUCGUCUAAACAUCAUCCACAUCACCGGAACAAAAGGUAAAGGCAGCACAUGCGAGUUCACCCGUUCUAUUCUCCAUGCACAUGGGUUGAGAACCGGCUUCCCCAGUAAGAUCGGUCUCUACACAUCGCCUCACAUACAAUGCAUCCGAGAAAGAAUCCAAAUCAACAGCAGCCCCGUAACGGAGAACCUAUUCACAAAAUACUUCUUCGAAGUAUGGGACACGCUUAUGGAGACCAACAUGGGAAAAGCAGACAAAACACAGCGACCACCUCGCUACCUGCAAUUUCUCGCCCUGCUCGCUUUUCACACCUUCAUCCGAGAGAACGUCGACGCUGCAAUAAUCGAAGUCCACCAGGGUGGUGAAUUCGACGCUACGAACUUCAUCCAGAACCCCGUGGUCACCGGUAUCACUUCCCUAGGACUGGACCAUCUUGACCAGCUCGGCCCUACCGUCGAAUCCAUUGCAUGGCAUAAAUCGGGAAUAUUCAAACCCGGUGCACCUGCAUUAUCUGUUCCACAGGAAGAUAGUCCUUCGGAGGUAUUGCACGCUCGUGCCGCGGAGAAAAAUACUUCAUUGACUAUCGUCCCGCUAAAUCCUGAUCUCCCCACUGACAGUAGUGCAUUGGGGAUCCCCGUCCAGCGACUAAACUGUUCCCUCGCCCUCGAACUAGCCAGGACAUUCCUGAAAGCCAAAGCACCCGACCAAGCAAUCAAGCCCGCGGACAUAUCCACUGCCCUGAGAAAUAUCUUCCUAAUCGGAAGAUUCGAGAUCAUCAAUGACCCAGACGGACAAUCACAAUGGUUCGUAGACGGCGCACACAACACGCUUAGUCUUGAGAAAACGGCGGAGUGGUUCUCGGAUAUUACCAAGAGGUCUGCGGAGCAAACACACCGAAUCCUAAUAUUCAGCCACUUCUCCAAAGACCGAGACGGCCUAGCGCUUCUAGAAUGCUUAGCAGAAUCUCUCACCGAGCAAGACGCACUGCCAGAUCAUGUUAUCUUCACUACUUACGUUGAACGAGCAGACAAGUCUCAAUUUGAAAAGAUGGAUAAAGUGAAAGAUAUACUCCCCACCACCCUCCCAGAUCUUAGCGUGCUAUCUUUAUUCGCUGAGAAAUGGAAAGCUACCGUUCCUCAAGGCACAACUUCAGUCUCGACUAAGGAGACCAUUGAAGAAGCGAUUGACACAGCAAGGGGCAUUAGUGCACAGCAGGAUGGUAAAGCGCAGGUCUUGAUUACGGGGUGUUUCUUGUUGGUUGGCGGGGCGCUGAAUAUAUUGCGUCGUUCGUGA